AUGCCUCCACAACGAACUAGGCGUCGUGUCGAGAGCGACAUGCCACAGCGAACUUCGCGGCUUCAGAGCCACCGCCGCGUCGAGAGCGACGUGGUGGACUUUCUCGCGACCGCACCCGUGCCCCGUCUCGUCGGGGCAAGAGCCUUGAUCCACGCGGUCCAGGCGAUAAAGGCCACACCCCACGCCAGACACAUUGGCACCGCCAAGCUUGUCUACACCAAUGAUGAUAUCGGGUCUGAUUACUUUCCCCCAGACUCCGAAACCGAGGAAGAGGAAGAGGAUGAUCCCUCGGAAUCAGAUUUCUCGGACCUCGAAUCCGAGGCUGAACCAGAACCCAUGCAAAACUUGACCAAGCAGUGGGUUACGGAAGGCCUUAACUGCAUCAAGAAACACAAAAAGUACAAGGUUUUGCUUCCCGGCCCGCUGUGUUUUGCUAAGCGCGAGUCACUAAUUCCGUACUCCGUGUAUUGUCCGACAGUGGGAAAAGAGCGGAAGGUGGUACGGUGGAAGGAGCUCGUGCGAAAUGUGUGGGGCCUGGCCCCAGUAAAGUUCCGAAGUCCCGGCGACCACGGGGUCUGCGCCUGCGGCGAGGCCUGUGGCGAGGAUUGCUUGAACCGCCUCCAGCAGGACGAGUGCGACGAGACGAGCUGUCGCCUCGGUGCGUACGACUGUGGCAAUCGCGCGUUUCAGACGAAAAAGCUUCAGAGCAAGCGUGAGGAGCAGCGCUACGCGAAGGGCUUCGAGGUCGUGGCGAUGGGCCAGAAGGGCAAUGGGCUUCGGGCGACACGCGCGUUUGCUCCCGGCGAGUUGAUCGUUGAGUACACGGGCGAGAAAAUCAACCACGCAGAGGUGGAGCGUCGCCUCAACGAGUUCUACGCCGAUGCGCACUUCUACUUUCUAUCCUUGGAGAAAGGCUACGCGAUCGACUCCGGACGAAAGGGCUCACUGGCCCGGUUUGCCAAUCACUCGUGCGAUCCCAACUCCAAGAUGCAGCUCUGGUACGUUAAGGCUGAGCCGCGUGUCGGGCUAUUCGCCGGGCGCAGCGGCAUUCACCCGGGACAGGAAAUCACUUAUGACUACAACUUCGACUGGUUCCCCAAUGCCACGCCUCAGGAAUGCUACUGUGGGGCCCAGAAGUGUCGUGGGACAAUAGGAAAGUCCACUGACCCCGUGGCAAGCCCCACCCCGUCUGAAACUGAUGAAGAUACAGAGUCCUCUAAGGAAGAGGAAGAAGAAGAGGAGGAAGAGGAAGAAGAGGAAGAGGUGGAGACGAUGGAAUCAGGUUACAAAAAGAAACAUACAAAUAUCAAGACGUCGGUGAAUGUCGCAUAUAAGGAAUUUGAAGAGUCGUCACUAACCGUAUUCUAUCCUAAUGGGGAUGAGGUGCAGAAGCCGAAAAAAGCUCAGGCCAAGACAGCGGUGAAAACGGAAGUGCUUCCGGCGAAGGUGGCGAGCACCCUCGGGACUACGCUUAUCGGGACCACUCCCACCGGGCGGAGGAGAAAGGAAGUGGAGGUAGAGGUUUACCCGGUGUAUUUGCGGCGACUUUUAGAAAGUUUGAGCGGACCGGAAAGUGAGUCACCGCCGGCACUGAACGAUGAGCCACGGCAAGCAAAAAGUCGCGGCAAGGCUAAAGGUUUCGACGGGUCACUACAGGCGAGGGGCCAAGCAAAAUCCAACGAACCUGUUCCACCGGCCAAACUAAAGGUUGAAAGAAGGGACAUUCCAGGAACGCGGGCGAAACGAGUGAGGCUCGGUGCUGCAGAUAAUCUCACAGCUCAGGCUGACAAUGUCACCCCGGUGGACGACAUGGAGAAGCUUCGUGUGACCAAGCCGCGUCUCUACAAUCAGCUCAUGUCGGACUUGAAGCUACCAGCGGCGCCACUUUCGCGCUCCCGCGUGUGGCGUGUGACUCCCCCGCCCAAGCGGCCAGUAAAGAUGGAGAUUAUGUAUUUAACCUCGUCCACAGAGUCACCGCUGCCUCUGGAGCCGUGCUCGGAGGCGCAUUCCGACGGUGAACGAUUCGUUCCGGUGAAGGCUCCGCCACCAUCGGGAUCGGUCGCGGUGCACUCUGUGGAAGCAGAGAUGUUCCCAUUGAUGUAAUUUCCAGAAAAUUAAUGGUAUUAACGUACAGCACGAUAUGUCUGGUUUUAGAUUAAAAUCUUAAGGAUAGGUCUAAGAGGGCGAUACAACCGAACAAUUUGUGGUAGCCUUUGGGAGAAUUUUAAACGUAUAGACAUUUGCAUAAUUUUUC